UGUUAGACAGAAGGGGAAAGAAAAUAAAGUAAACUUCAAAGGAAGAUGAAUUAUUCUAGUUAAAAAAAUAUAUAAUUAAGAUUUAUUAAUAUCAAUUUUCACUAAUCAGAAUAAAUUUAAAAUGUUUAUCGCACAUUUAGCAAUAUUUUGUUUAUGUUUAUUACAAUUUGGUAUCAAAGCUGAUGAACAUAAUCAUGUGUAUAAUGAUCGUGAAGAGGUUGUAUUAUGGAUGAAUACAGUAGGGCCAUAUGCAAAUCGGCAAGAAACUUAUGCAUAUUUUUCACUUCCGUUCUGUGCUGGAAAUAAACAAAGCAUUAGCCAUUAUCAUGAAACAUUAAGCGAGGCCCUCCAAGGAGUUGAACUAGAAUUCAGUGGAUACGAAAUAGAUUUUACAAUUAACGUUCCAAAACAAGAAGUUUGUAUGGUUGAAUUAAAUGAUGAUAAAGUGAAUGCAUUUACGUAUGCUGUAAGAAAUGAUUAUUGGUAUCAAAUGUAUAUUGAUGGUUUACCAAUAUGGGGUAAAGUUGGAGAGAAAGAUGAAAAAGAUAAAAAAUAUUAUAUAUAUACGCACAAGAAAUUCGAUAUAGGUUAUAAUGGUAAACAAAUUGUUGAUAUUAAUUUAACACCUGAAAGUAAAGAAUUACUAGCACCUGGAAAAAAAAUUAAAUUUACAUAUGAAGUAAAUUGGAAACCUAGUACAGUAAAAUUUGAAAAUCGAUUUGAUAAAUAUUUAGAUCCAAAUUUUUUCCAACACAGAAUUCAUUGGUUUAGCAUUUUUAAUAGUUUCAUGAUGGUCAUAUUUUUAGUAGGAUUAGUUUCUAUGAUUUUAAUGAGAACUUUAAGAAAGGAUUAUGCCAGAUACAGUAAGGAUGAAGAAAUGGAUGAUAUGGAGCGAGAUUUAGGAGAUGAAUAUGGUUGGAAACAAGUUCACGGGGAUGUUUUCCGUUCACCACCACAUGCUUUAAUAUUUUCAGCAAUGAUUGGUGCAGGUUAUCAACUAACUUCAGUUGUUUUUUCUGUAAUAUUAUUUGCAAUCAUUGGAGAAUUAUAUACUGAGCGUGGUUCAAUGUUAUCAACAGCAAUAUUUGUAUAUGCUGCAACAUCUCCAAUUAAUGGUUAUUUUGGUGGUUCAUUAUAUGCACGUUUAGGUGGUAAAGUUUGGAUAAGACAAAUGUUAGUUUCAGCUUUUAUGGUACCAGUGUUUGUAUGCGGAACAGCAUUUUUCAUAAAUUUCAUAGCUAUUUAUUAUCAUGCAUCAAGAGCUAUACCAUUUGGUACAAUGGUUGCUGUUACAUGUAUAUGUAUAUUUAUCAUAUUACCAUUAACUGUUGUCGGAACAGUUGUUGGACGUAAUUUAGAUGGUCAACCAGAUUUUCCAUGUCGUGUAAAUGCUGUGCCAAGACCAAUACCUGAAAAAAAAUGGUUUAUGGAACCAGGCAUUAUAAUAUUAUUAGGGGGUGUUUUACCAUUUGGUUCAAUAUUUAUUGAGAUGUACUUUAUAUUUACGUCAUUUUGGGCAUAUAAAAUAUAUUACGUAUAUGGAUUUAUGUUACUUGUAUUCUCGAUAUUAAUGGUUGUUACAAUAUGUGUAACAAUCGUUUGUACAUAUUUCUUAUUAAAUGCAGAAGAUUAUAGAUGGCAAUGGACAAGUUUUCUGUCCGCAGCAUCAACUUCAUUAUAUGUUUACGCUUAUUCAUUUUAUUAUUUCUUUUUCAAAACAAAAAUGUAUGGUCUAUUUCAAACAACAUUUUAUUUCGGAUAUAUGGCGCUAUUUAGUGGCGGUUUAGGUAUCAUAUGCGGUACAGUCGGUUAUGUUGGAACGAGCAUAUUUGUGCGAAAAAUAUAUUCAAAUGUUAAAAUAGAUUAAAAAUACAAAUAACGAAUAGAAAUACAAAAAUAAAAAAUUGUGGUAAAAUACAUUUUUUCGCAAAUAAGUUAACGUCGUAUUUGUAAUAAAAAAUAAAUUGUAUUUCUUCCUUUAAUAUCAAACAAUUUUAUAAUUUGUCUGUAUUUAAGUAUUUUUUAAAAUCUCAUAAAUAUAUUAAGUACGGAAAUUAUGAUAAAAUUUUUAAUAAAAAAUAAUAAAUUUUUUUUUGAUCUGAUCUGAUCUGAUCAUUUAUUUAUCAAGUGUGGGUUCUAUUUGUAUUUUAUUAUCAAAUUCUGAAAAAGGAAUACAAUUUUUUUUUGCAAUGUGAUCUGUUUUUUUUUUUUUUUUAUUUUUUUUAAAUAAAUUACAGUAAAAACAUGUAAAAUAUUUUUAAUCAAAAAUUACAAUAUAAUUAUAAGAAAUAUGUAAAUUUCUAUUAUUAUAUUGAUUUCUCAUAAUUUAUCACAUAGAAAAUAAUUAAAUAAAAAAUUUUUUUUUGUAAAUUUUUUUUUUUAAUAAGAAAAGUGUACUAGAAAUGUUUUGAAUAUCACAAGAACUCCUUAUAUACCUUAACAUUUAUUUUUAACUCUUAGAAUAAAUUAUAAAAGAAUAAAAGUAUAUAAAAAAAUUAUCAUUAUAAUUUAGUAUAAAAAAUAAAAGAAUUUUUAACCAAGUGAUUUAAAAGAAAAACACAAAAAAAAAUAAAACAAAAUGCAAAAUUUUAAUUUUCUUCUUGAAACAUGCAAAACAAAUUUUCAUUUCCAGAUAGUAGUUAAAAAAGCAAAAGUUCAAAAAUUAAAUUACAGCAAGAAAUGGAAAUUAAUGUAUAAAAAGUUAAAUAAAAGUAACAACUAAAACAAAUAUAAUAUUUAUAG